CUAUCCGCAAAAUAUAUAGCUUAGUCUUUUACAAAGUAACAUCUCAGAGCUUUGUUAUAUAUAUAAUUUAAAAUCUCCCCAGGAUAACAAUCCGCUUUGAGUGUGUACAGUUUGAAGCUUGUACACUUUUUCUACAAUACUCUCGAUAACGUAGGAAAACAGUGGGCGGGGUACGAUAAGAGCAUCAUCGCAAGCUUCCGCCCGUCAAUAUGAUCCGCACCACAACAACAACAGCAGCUCGGCCAUUUUCUCGGGGACUCGCAAAUGUAAUUUCUGCGAGAGCUGGCUAUGGCCCAGCUAUACGCAAAGUCAGUGUCAUAUCACAAUUCCACUCUUUGGCCGCGAAAAGGCCACAGGUCGCCGUACCGCAAUUCCGGCCAGUCCUUAUACCCCAGUUGCGAUAUGCAACGAAGACGGGAGUUCCAAAACAUGAUAAAAUCGAUGCGGCAGCCGAGAGAAAAUUGGGGGCAAAGAAGCUUGAAAGUUAUCCAGAGGCUGUAACGACCGAUUCAAGCGUCCGCCAGGUCUUUGAAUCCAGCGAAGCCCCGAUUGAAGAAGAGGACCAUGAAGUGCUCAGGGGGGUUAAACAAGAUCUCAAUACGAUCAAGGACUCCUUCGCUCUCCGUGAGGUGCCUCGAGAAUCGUACUAUUUAGGGGCUGCUGGAACACUUCCUUAUAUGGCUACUUCUCUGGCUACAUUAUAUCUGAGCUAUGGCAUCAACCAUGUGCCGACAGGGUCGAGCUUGUUUUUCCCGCUGGAAACGGCCCAAUACUACUUAUCGGUUUUGGAACCAAUCCAGAUAGGCUAUGGUGCUGUGAUCCUCUCCUUCCUCGGUGCAAUCCACUGGGGCCUCGAGUACGCCCAGUACGGUGGACACCAACCAGGCUACCGCCGCUUCGCCAUCGGUUGCGCCAUGCCCGCCAUAGCCUGGCCAACUAUGCUGAUGCCACUCGAGCCAGCUUUAAUAACUCAGUUCAUCGCCUUCACCGGGCUCUACUUCGUCGAUUCCCAGCAAGGAGUCCGCGGUUUCGCUCCGUCAUGGUACCCCACGUACCGUUUCGUGCUGACAUUCAUUGUUGGUAUCAGCAUCGUUGCCAGCUUGAUUGGGCGCGGGCAGGUGCAGUUUGUGGGAUCGGGAAAGCCGACUCGUGCUGAGAAGUUGAGAGAAUUGAGUGAGAUGCAGCCAGAGGCGAGGAGGCAAGAGGAGGAGGUUAAGAGUCAGAGGAAGGCUGCUGAGGCUGCUGAGGCUGCAGAGGAAGAGAAGAAAAAUGAGAACAAAACCGAAGAUAAGGGCGACCAGGGUGAGAAGUAAAAUAAGGAGAAGAAGUAAAAUAAUGGUAAGUUGCUAAAAACCCGGUAGUUCUCGUAACGGGACGAUGGUGGCUUUUGGCUAUUUGUCUUGAACUGUACAUCAUUGUAACAGUUCUGUUAUUAAGCAAUCUCUAUUGUUCGGUAGUCAUGUCAGCUAUGUUAUUCACUUUAGUUGAAUCUGUAACUAUUUAUCUAAGUAUGCUUAAAACAAUUGUGG